UUAUGACAAUAAUCGACACAGUUUCAAUUCACAUUAGAUAAAGCGCAUAUGUUUUUGUUUGUUAUUUAACAGUUCCAAUAGAAUUCGUAGUGUCAUUGUACAAUUAUUAUCUUAAGCAAUCAAUAAUGGUACUUGAUAGUGGGGGUACGUCUUUGUACAUUAUAAGUGGUGCUCAGAACGAUCCUUCGCAAAAAGACAUUAUAAAUGAAGAAGCAAAGAAAGAAAUGAUGGAAAUUAUAAAAGCCGGACAGGAUCGUUGGAAAAUGUCGUUCAAUUGGAAGACGGAAGAAUCGACAUUGAAGAAGUACGAAGAAAAGGUCAUCGAAGAUUUCGGCCAAGCUUUCGAGGAGAUCGGCGAGGAUGGAUUAGAACAGGUGGAAGCGGUCAUGGAGGACCACGCCAAGUCUGCCAACAUGCAUCGGGUCCGCGAAUUGAUUCACACGAUGAAGAAGAAAUACAAACUGGAAGCACCAUCUAUAAUAAAGUUAUUCGAUACGCAAAAUGAGAAAUUCCUCAAGACAUUGAACCUUACCGAGAAAAUAUUCAAGACGGAAUGGGACAGGUUCCUCGAAUAUCAGGCGAAGAAGGACUGGAUGCAGAAGAUAAUAAAAGAGGAACAUCUGCUGAACCUCGAGGACGAUGUGAGGAAGGUCGAUUCAGAAGAAAUGGAAUACAAGCGAAGGAUGGCACGCCUCAUGGAUAAGAUUGAGAAGAAACGGGAACUCUGCAAAGCAGCGUUACAACUCGCAUCUGGCAAACUGUCCGGUGGCAAGGAGAGCAGAAAGCUAGUAGAGAAGUUGUCGGAUGAUGCACUACAGCUGAAGGAAAACCUGAUGAAGAUAAUAGCCGCCUUUCAUAAAGGCCUUAAGGAACUUAGGAGUAAGCGGAAGAAGAAGACCAGAAAUAAAAAAUACAGAGGCUUCAUUGACGAACAAUGCGACAUAUGUCAGAAGAACGAAGAGGUAUGGGAAGAAGAAAGAUUAAGGACUACACAACUCUCUGAGCACAUGACCGCAGAGGACGCCAGAGAUUUCCACACGAGGAUGGUAAGGAGUGGAGGAAUGCGUGGGCUGGUGGAUCAGUUGAAGAUCAUUAUAGACGACGAUUUGCCAUCCAAUAUCGCCUUGCCGAAAUUCUUUGCCGCAACGAUACACCCGGAAAAGGCAGAUACCAUCUACAAGGAAAUCGUGAAUUACAAUUGCAUGAGGUCGCUGCGAAAAGAACUAAGCAAGAUAGAUCGACAUACGGUAAAGAUAAGAAGGCAAAGCAUAUUUGAAGACAAUGAGCAAUAUCUUCCGAGAUAUUGCCCUUUCUGCGGAAGGAAUUGAAUGGCACUUGCACAAUUCAAGUAUCUAAUACAACGAUAAAUAAUAUGAUUAUUGAUAGAAACAAUAAUCAAACAUUGUGCCAUCAGAGGUUCUAAUCAGACACUCCUCGAUACCAACUGUAUAGAAUAAAGAUUUGUUUUAAUUAUGGACAA